AUGCAAUUCCUGAGUCAAUCCAUGGGCUGGGCCGACUGCAUCAUCUUAGCAGUAGCGCCCCUUGGCAUCAUUAUAACUAUUGUUAGUGCGAUCCGAGUUGAUGGACCGGCUUGGCUUAAGGCUAUCAUAGGCCGGUCUAGAGAGAACCUAUCAUCUGCAGAGAUGGAACUCAUGUCAUCCACGUCUCAGGAAACCUGCGAGCUAUGGAACGGGAGGGAUGUGGUCAGAUGCCAGGGAAAGGCCCCUGUCACAGAAUUUAUCUAUCUUGCGCCAGUGAAUAGUGGCGGGACGAUCAAACGCAUCAGGUUCAUGAAGCUGAGUGAAGCCAUUGAACAAAAUCUGGUGAUUAAAGGUGUCUUCAGCGUCUUUAACCUUUCGAGAUUGAUCCACGGAGUGCCAAAGUCGCGCAAUCACAGCAGUCACUACUUUCAGGGCGGCAUGAGAAACCUUUGGGGCAGCAUUAGGUCGCGGCGAGAGAGCAUGGAUCCAGAGGUCACAACGCCAAUACCCCUUGAAUCUCGAGGACAGGAAGCUCAACCUCAGUCUGCUCCGGCGUCUGAGCUGAUUGUUCUAAGGAAAACCACAACGCACGCCCCAAACAUCACUCUAAAUAGGCAUCAUAAGGUUGACCGAGGUCAUUUACACAUGGUUGCAAGCUUUGGCAUUCUGCUCCAACUCGGAGUGUUAGUCUACUUCGGCUUCAUCACCUACUAUCCAACUCUGAAAUUCAAGAAAGACGACAAACAGGUUCUCGGGUAUGCUUUUCCCUUUUCAGCCGGUGGUACACUGGUCCUCGUUUUUGGAAUGCUGCUGUGUGCCCGUGUUGUCGAUCGGAGUACUACAGAGGACGGAUAUAAACCGGCUUCAGGUCGCGAGAUGAGAAUGAUUUGGCUUCAACAGAAACAGGUUGUGAGUGAUCAGAUCUUUGGAUCAUUCGCCUUAUAUCCUCGACGAUUUCCACAGGUCGUCACUACUUCGCAAAGGGAUACCAGCAACAAGAAGGGUAGACCAAAGUCCGUUUCAUCAGCAGAGCCACUACUCAAUGAGGCGAGCUCAACGUCCGUUCAGUCAGAUGACAAUGAAGACGCAUCUUCACGUUCAGCUUUGGAUUCAGGCCCAGCUCUCGACCUUACUGUUGUUGCAACAGGGAUUUGUCUAGCCGGUUUCAUAAUCCAGUUUAUCGGCCUCAGGGCCAUGCAUUGGUCAGCUUCAGUGGGCCAACUCAUCGCGGUAAUAAUCAUGACAAUCCUUCGAGCCUUCGUUCGUCUUGGUUUCAUUGCACCUGUAUAUUGCUCAGAGUUGAGGGACGGGUUCGAGCUGGAUGGACUUGCUCUGGCCCUUGGUGACCCAAACCUAGGUCCAGGAAGUGGACCGAUGAACGAUGUUGAUGGGUUUGACUUCAGUCUUUCCAAAGACAGAGCCUGGACAGUGGUUCUGAAAGAAAAGCCAGUAUUGCGAAGGGUUGAGGGUAAGGAUAACUCCGAAACUGGGGGGGAUGGGAAUAUGGAACGACCAGCUCAAGGCGAUGACCCUAAUAAAGAUGGCCUCAUGGUGGAACGAAGAGACAAUGCUGCCCAAGAGACUUUGAACAUUCGAAAGCAUCUAGCGCAUUUAUCCGGGUGGCGUGGUUCAGCUUCAAAAGAAGCUAACUCUCUUGUUGAGGCAAUUGAAGUUACGAUGAAUACCUUAUGCCCUUGGACCGCCACUGACCCCCCUACUUGGAAUUGGAGCAUUAAGGUCGAGACACGCGCAAAAGGCGAGCAACCUAAGUCGCUUCCAGUCUCUAUACAGUUGAAUGUUCAAAAUAGGCUAUGGAGAGCACGCAUCGAUGAACUUGAUUCGGUGUUGUCUUUGUGGCUCGCCUCAAUCGACAAAGAGCGAGAGUUCACUUCAAGCACAGCCGAAAGGUCAAGGAUCGGGGAUGAUGAUGAAUGGUUCCGUAAAAGAAGUUCCCAAAUCAGGGGCGGCCUGAUACUUCUGGAAGAGCACACACAGGCUUUGAAGCAGGCAUUCGAUUGGUGGUUGCCAACAGACGCCCCCAAACUAGAGGAAAUCGAAGAUAGUCAAAUCCAAGAACGAUAUAGCGAGGCAUGGAGAGUUGUUGGUACAAAGCUCUGUGAAGGCCAUUACAAGUCACCAACUGCUGAACACUCAGACGAAGAGGAAGAGGAACAACAUGAUCAUGCCAAUGAUUCUGUUGGGUCCGAAAGCGGAGACAAAGGCGAAUGCUGGGGACACAUAUUUCAUGCCUUUCUGUGGGCUGCUGUUUCGAAGAUGAAAGCACCAAUCGAUGAACAAUCAGAGAUGGAAGCAUUAGGAUCAGUCAUACCAGGCGAAUGGAACAAUAUCCGGCUUCGUGGCACUGGCCUUGCUAGACUGGCAGGAUCAAUCAGAAGCUCAGGUCUCAUGGACUUGAAUCAUGCCUACCUCACUCUUGUUCCUCCACUUGAUUCAUAUGCACGCCUUGGAGAUCUAGAUUGUGUUGUUAAAAUAGUGUUUGGCCAAGCACAACAGCAUGAAAAGGUUUCAAAUUGGCGAGCAGCUCAUGACUCCUACCGUAGCAUGUUGGACCUAGCAAGUCAAUUUCGCGAGGAUAGCUUCGGCCUCAGAAGAACAGUCGCGAUAGUGAUGGAGUUCAUGCGAGGUCUAGCGCUAUUGCCCAAGGUACCAGAAUAUGGUGAGUACCAGCGUCACGAGACAGAUCUCAUGCAUGAAAGACUAUCAAGGCGACUCAGUGAAAGCCGCUACCGCCCGAUUCGGAAAGAGCUGGAGAUGCUAUAUGAGCGACAGCGUCGUAAGACGAGCGGGGGCUUCAGCGUUUUAACGUACAGCGAUCGACAGCAAAAUGAGAUCAACAGCUGCGGUUUUACACGACUACACGACCUAGUUGCCUGCCCUGAUAUUGAAGAUGAAGUCGUGUGUAUAGUCGAAAGGAUGACACGAAUGAGGUAUUUCUUGCGGGGCAAUGGUCUUGUAUCUCUUGGACAUGUACCACAGGCAGCAAAGAAAUACGUUAGAACGCGAGACAUCCUCGGAUGGACCCCGCUACAUUAUGUCACAGCUUGGAAACGAGAUCAAGCCCCCGAAUGGAUAGACGGCUUGCUCUCGAAUGGAGCUGAUAUCGAUGCUCCUGAUAUCCGAGGUUGGACACCACUACAUUACUCCAUCUGCAACGGCAACAGCAGAGCAUUUGAUAGACUUGUCGAAAAGAGGGCAAAUGUGAAAGCAGCAGGUGUUGAUGGAAUAACACCAUUGCACUGCGCGAUUACUUCAGAGAUGGACGACAUGGCGAGAGCCCUAAUCUCCAAUCCUGGGCAACCCGCGGAUCAAUUUACUAGAGACAACUUCGGUAGAAUGCCGAUCCACCUGGCAGCCCAGAACGGUAACAAAGUUGUCAUCAACACUCUCCGUCUCAGUGUAGACGAGAAAGACCAGCAUGGUCGGACUGCAUUGCAUUUGGCAGCUCUCGGCGGGCACUUGGAAACACUUUCUAAGAUUACCGAAUAUGGUGCUAGCCCGAAUGAGACCUUCCAGCUUUUUGGUAGAGGUCCUACGUACACAGCGCUACACUGGGCUGUCAAAGAAUCCAAAACCGAAACCGUGGUCAUGCUUCUCGUAUUAGGGGCAAGCGUUAACGCACAAGGCAGUGAUGGGAGGACCCCAUUGCAUUAUGCACGUAUUCCAGAUUUGGUUGACAUCCUAAUCGAAUAUGGGGCGGAUGUCAAUGCCGAAGCUCAAUCUCACGUCACUCCACUAUACGAUGCAGCUCGUUCGGGGACUCUUGAGUGCGUCGAUAGACUUCUUAAGACGCCCGGUUGUGACAUCAAUGCUAGGCCAGCAUCAGAUGAUGAGGGUCCGCUACUAAAUGCGAUUAAGUGUGUCCGCGGUGAUAUAGUUAGAAUGUUGGUUGAAAAGGGAGCCAUAAUUAGCCAACGCAUGCUGGAGGCAGCCUUGGGUUUGCAUGACUCAAGAGAGCAGGAAACCCUUUGUUUUCCUCAAGAGUCUCUACGUAAAGUUGAGGAUGAAGAGAAGGAUGUUGCGGAGUAUAUACGUGCUGCCUUUUCACUGCGAAAUGCUUUUGAGGAGCAUGUUCAUGGAGAGAUGGGGAGUAUUGUACUUUUGGAACUAAUCCGACGGCUAUGCCCCUCAUAG